CAUGGCAGAGAAGGUAUUGAGAACCCAUAACCUGCAGUUUAUUUUCUGUUAAAUGUAGAUUGGAAAAAGACGACCGUGAUGUCGUCCUCCUUCAGAUGUGCAUGUCUUGUGGUGUUAGGCAUAAAUUACUUCCUGUCCGCAGAGCCGUUUUAUAAUCAGUGGAAUACCAAAGAAAGCAGGGCUCAGAACUCAUCUGUAAGAAUGGCCAGAGGCGUAAAUACGCCUGCCCCUGUUGACUGCAAGAUGAAGCUGUGGUCAGCCUGGACUCCCUGCUCGCCAUGCAAAGACAUUAUGCAUCGCUUCAAGUACCUGGAGCAGGCCACUCAGUUUGGAGGCACAGAGUGCAGGAGCGGCCAGUGGGAGAAACAGGCCUGCCCCAAGACGGACGCCGCCUGUGAGAAGCAGCACAAGUGCACAGACGCCUUCACCUGCACGGAGACAGGACGCUGUGUGAGUGAGAAGCUGCGUUGUAACGGAGAGCCGGACUGCAGAGACUCUUCUGACGAGACUGACUGUGAGGAAGAUAACUUUUUCGAUGGCCCCUGUGCUAAUCUGUUUCCCAUUCCAGGUUCUGAAGCAGCCACUCUCGGAUACAACAUACUGACCGACACGUUUGAGCUGCCCACUGUUGAUCCAACAUACUACGGAGGUGUCUGUGAAUACGUCUACAAUGGAGAGUGGAGAACGCUUGUCUAUGACGCUUUCUGUGAAAACAUGUACUACAACGAUGAUGAGAAAUACUACCGAAAACCCUACAACUUCCACACUUAUCAGUUUAUGGGUAAAGCUGAAUCCAUGGCUGCCACUGAGUACUAUGAGGAUGCCGCCAGCCUACUUAAUAACAUGAAAAAGGAUAAAUCCUUCAAUCUCGGAUUCACGUUUGGAAUAGAGAAGGUCGAAUUUGGUGUGUCAGGAAGCACAGAGUCUCAGUUUUUGAAAAAUAUUUCACGGUACCAGGACCAAAACCUGGGGUUCGUGAGGCUGGUGUCCAAAGUGCAGACUGCGCUUUUCAAAAUGAGGAGCAGCGGCCUAAUGCUGGCAGAAGACAUGUACCAGUCCCUGGUGGAGCUGCCGGAGGAGUACGACUUCGGCACGUACUCCCGCUUCCUUACCCAGUUCGGCACGCACUACGUCACCUCCGGGAUCAUGGGCGGAGUGCUCGAGUACAUUGUGGUCGUGAAGAAACAGAGCCUGAUAGAGUCUGAAACUACUGGACAGCAGGCAGGACAAUGCAUUGGCACUUCGUUGGGGUUGGACUUGGAAAUAGAUGUGACACUGAAGAAUUCAGAUUGUGAAAAGACCGGAUGGCUUACCAGUGACACGGACACUUCUGACCGUUCCAUAAAAGAUGUGAUCAGCAGAAUCAAAGGCGGCAAUCUUGGAUCAAGCGAGGCCCUGCUGGUGAAAAACGAGAAGUCCUACAGCAACUGGGGUCGCUCACUGCAGCAUAACCCAGCUCUCAUCGAAUUUGAGACUCUCCCGCUGCACGAGCUGGUGCGCUUCAGCACCGUGGGCGGAGCCAUGAAAGGGAAAGCAGCCAACCUGAAGAGGGCCUACGAGGAGUACCUGCGGGAAUUCAACUCCUGCCACUGCGCCCCCUGCAGGAACAACGGGGUGCCCGUGCGCCGGGGGACGUCCUGCGUCUGCCUUUGCGAGAAGGGGCACAGGGGCCUGGCUUGUGAGGACACCCUGAGGGAAGGCCCGACACACGGAUCGUGGAGCUGCUGGAGCGCUUGGUCAAACUGUCAGUCAAAUCAGAUGACUAGACACCGGCAGUGCAACAGCCCCACCCCACUAAAUGGCGGGGAUUCCUGCCCAGGCCGGGCAACCCUGAGUCACAGCUGUUGACGUCUCCCUUUCUCUCGCAAAAAUAAAACGUGAAAUAUUUGUACACCCA